GAGAGAGAGAGAGAAAGAGAGAGAGAAAGAGAAGAGGAAGGAAUAUUGAACUUCCGAUGAAUCGAUCAACGAUCUCGUAUAAGCGAUACGAUCGUAAAUACAGCGAACAUGUCGGAAAACAAGAUUAAAUAUACACGAUAUAUGAUAAAGAAAAGCCACUCCGAAAUGGAAAACUAGAGGAAGAACGAACCAGAGGAAAAAAAGAAAGAGAGAACAAGAGAGAGAAAGAAGUGCGUUCCGUGUCGUAUGAAAAAUAUAAUCGUUGUUAACCGGCCGCGAAGUAGGUCACAAGGUCGAUACUAAAAUGAAGUGAAGAUGCAAGAGGAAACCGGGAAAAUGGCAUGUACUAACGACGUUAAUAACGGCGGACCGAUUUUUCGGGGCGGACCCGGCGUAGUGUGAAGUAAUUAGUGCACGUUGCGCGCGGGCGUCAUUCGCGCGGAGUGUCGCGCGAGGUAAUCUAAUAGCGGACUACCCCUAUGUACGGCGGAUAAUUACUAGCGAAAAUGGUCGAUGCAUACCUAGGAGGAUACGUUAUUUUACUGACGAGUGACAACGGGAGGGUCAAGCUCUAUGGAUCGCCGGCGGAUAAUGGCACUCUGGAAGUGAGCGAUGAAAUUUUAGAAGUGAACGGUCGCACCUUGGAAAAUGCAACUCAUACCGAAGUCAUUCAAUACAUACAUGAGUGCAUCGACUCUCGAACAAUAUGUCUGCGUCUUCGGAGAAGCGGAAACAGGAACGUGGAAGAGCUGGACGGGCCGAACGGAAGUGGGCGGAUACGAGACGCCUGGGUUAUCGCCGUCGAAAGGAACGCGAGGGAGAGGCUGCAGAAAUUGACGGCACUCCAGAAGAUCCAACCGCGCGACAUCCAUAGCAUUUUACAUCAACGGACAAUAAAUUCAGUAGCGUCCACGAGCGAAGACUCCACUUCAAAAGACGUAUCGAAUGGCCAAAUUACGGUUACUUUGGCGGACAAGGAAUUGGAGACGAAUUCUUUUUCCACCAAACUUAGCAACGGUACAAUUCCCAAGGGAUUAGGAAAAGAGGCGGACAUCCGAGUGGAAAACACCUCGCAGGAGCGGAAGGACUCUUUGGAAAAGCAACACAGCUGCGAAGAGGCGAACCUCUUGCAACCGGUACAGAGCGGAAGAAUCGGAGAACGACGCUCGAGCAGCCCUUUCCAAAAUGGUCGGACGGAAGUGCUGAUUGGCGAACCGGAGGGCGGCCCGAGGUCGCCGCGGGGAUCGACGUCUUCGGCGGUGAACGACGGCAAUUUCCUGAAUCCACCGGACGAGCGAGACGAACCAAUUUGCAGGUCCCGAAGGCGUAGCGGUAGUGGCGUGACAGACAUACAUUCUCAGCAACAACAGCAGCAAUUGCAGUUGCAAGAGAACAACAAUUCGCGCGAACAACAACUCGUGCGAACAACAAGCUCGCGCGACGCGAAGAAGCCGCAGGAGGGACUGGGGCCCGAUGAGAUGUGGGCCCCUGGCGCCCUGGGCCAUCAUCGGGAGCUACCUGUUGAUGUGCCCGACACCCUUCUACAGAAGGCCUAUCCCAACAAGGUAAAAAACUGCUCUUCCGAUUAUAGGAACGGGCUACAGCAUCGUCCCCGUAGCGCUAGCGACCUCGAUCUCUCCCUAAACCUUAAAAACGAAACCCUUAAGACGCGCACCAUCGCGGACGGACGCGCUAGACUCGUAUCGAACGAUCACACGCACGACGUCACCGACGCAGCCAGGACAAUUAACGUCCACAACGGUCUUCAGCCAUCCAUGCUGAAGAUCGAGCUGAAUAUCGAGGACGAGGAGGAGAAAGUGAAAGCUACCAAGAAGAAUUUGGGGUUCGACAAAUAUCGCGAUAGCCCGAUCGCGACCGGCUCGCCGGAUUUGAAAAGUACCUUUAAAGUUUUCGAAGUAUACGCGAACGUUGACGAGGACGCAGGUGGACAAAAGGAGUCCAGCGUUGAUAUUGAAGACGACUAUCCUUUUGCCAAGGAGGAUUAUCCCACCAUGCUAAAAACAUGUAGUGACGAUUCCGCGAGUCCAAGAAGUUCAUCGGGUAGAUCAGACAGUACCGCACCCCUUGAUACCAGUCUAAUGCUCAGGCAUAGUAAAAGCCAUAAAGACUCGCCAACUUAUGACGUACGAAGGAUAGACCUUGGUUCUCCUUGUAGAUCGGUAGUACCCGAUAUCAAGGUGGCUCCACUCUUUGGUCGAACCCGAGACGCGACUUCCUUUGACAAUCCGGCUUAUGGAUUAACGGACUUGCAGGAUCUUCAGGGGCUACUGCGAUCCGACGAAAUGUCAGACUUAACCAGACUGAUUGAUGAACAAUCUUCAAUUCCAAGAACUCCGCAAGACCAAGAUAAAGUCUCGCCUGUCCGUGUCAAGGAUCAGCAGAUGGAAUCUUCUCAAACCGAGCCAGUAAGCAAGUCCAGCAAAAGUCCGACGAAACGUCGUUCAAAUGACGAGCGAGUUAAAUUGAAGACAAAAACUCGCAGUCUCGAUAUCGAGGAAUUGAUUCGGACUGGCUCGACCGAUGAUCUUCUCGGCAUUGAAUUAAGCAAUCUCUCCUCCUCCUCCUCCUCGUCCCGGCAGCGGACAAAAAAGAAGCGACAUCAGCAGAUCUCCAGCGGCUAUUCCACACUGAGGAGCGAGGCCUCUGGCGAUCUCGAGCAUAACACGGACCGCAGCUUCCUCGUGGUGGGCAGAAAGCCUUACCGCGAGGUAGCCGUCGAUUGUCCACCGGAUUUCGUGCCGGUCACCAAGUGCCAUCCGAUAUACCCGCCACCGAAUAAGACCCCCGGCAACAGCAAGCACAACACCCUCGAGCCAAAGCGCGAUCGCGCGAGUGUCAUUAACGAGGCGAGUUCGUGCGCUGCGACAACGACGAUGACCAUGACGACAACCACGCUCGUAGCCUCCCCUCGCCUCUCCUUGAACGAUAAUAGCUUCACGACGCUGUCUAGUGCCGACAGUAGCGCUAAAGAGACCGUGGUCGCGCGCUCGGUAGACCAUAAGCACAGCUUGAAGAAGGCCGGUCUCAAUGGAGUCAAGCCUGCCAUCCCACCGCGCGAUCAGAAGAGAGCACCUGCCAGACCGCCGAAAGAUAAUUUGCGCCUCUCCACGCAGAACAAUAAUGUUGAGACGAGCGAUAACGCCAACGCCGAGCCGACACAACAGCAGUUGCAUUCUAUCAGGAAAUAUCAGGAGCAGUUACGAAAACGGAAAGAUGAGGAGGAAAGACAGGAAAUGCUCAGCCGUUCUCUCCGUGGCUCUAAAAAGCUUCAAGCUUUGGAGAGCCACGCGACGAGCCUCAGUGGCCAGGGAAAUCUUGCUUAUGCACAGGACGAGGUGACCACCGGCGUCAGUCGAAUUACACACGCCACUCCUAAUGCAAUCCAAGAAGUGGAGGAGCCGCCCAGGCCUCUCACGUACGGCGAGGUCGUUGCUACGCUGGAGAGGCUGCAGCUCCAACUGCGGAAUAUUUCAGGUGCUCUCGGUAUUUCGGGUCCAGGUGUCGAAGCCGAGCUCGAGGCAGUCCGAACACUUUUAGUGCAGAAUCGAUUUGCGUCUGCCCUGGCGACUCGUCAUACUUUAAAAAGUCGACUAAGGACGAGCAAGAUUUUCAAACAUCAUGCCGAUGAUGCAUCGAAUUUAGCGCGAGAUUGCGUGGAUAUCCUUGAAAAAUGGCAAUCGUCGUCGACCGCAACAGGUGUCGGCGGAGCAGAAACAAUAGCCGCCGUGGAAGAGUUAACGAGUAUUCUAACAAGUUACGACAUGGAGGCUCUGCUUCUGGCGCACGACUCUAUCGUCUCCUACGUGGAAGGUUUACAAAGGAAGCAAAGUCCGUCCUCUCCACCCAGUGACCCGCCUAGUCCGACGUCUAGUUGGAAAGAUUCCCGUGUAGUCGACAACAUUAAAAUUAUCCGAAUUGAGAAAACUAACGAACCUUUGGGUGCUACCGUCAGAAACGAAGGGGAUGCGGUAAUCAUAGGACGUGUCGUUCGUGGUGGUGCGGCAGAUAAGUCAGGACUUCUACAUGAGGGCGACGAGGUUCUCGAGGUAAACGGAGUAGAAAUGCGCGGCAAGACUGUCAACGAAGUUUGUGAUAUUCUUGCUGGCAUGCAGGGUAGUCUCACGUUCUUGGUACUUCCGGCUCCAACGAGCCACAGAAAUAAUUUAAGGAGAGAAGACACGACCCAGAUACAUAUACGAGCGCAUUUCGAUUACGAUCCCGAGGAAGACCCAUACAUACCGUGCAGAGAGUUGGGCGUAAGCUUUCAAAAAGGUGAUGUACUCCACGUAAUUUCUCAAGAGGAUCCUAACUGGUGGCAAGCAUAUCGAGAGGGUGAAGAAGACCAGACACUGGCUGGUCUAAUACCCAGCAGAGCGUUUCAACAUCAGCGAGAAUCCAUGAAGCAGACGAUAGCUGGUGACAAAUCGACGAUGCGAGGUUCGAAAAAAUCUAGCACGUUAUUGUGCGCCAGAAAAAAUCCAAAGAAGAAGAAACGAAACAAGUUCGGCGCGAACUUCAAUGACGAUGGAUAUCCACUUUAUGCAACAACUGCCAUAGACGAUUACGACAGCGAGGAAGUGCUGACGUAUGAGGAAGUCGCCUUAUACUAUCCUCGUGCAAAUCACAAGAGGCCAAUUGUACUCAUCGGACCACCCAAUAUCGGACGGCACGAACUUAGGCAGAGAUUGAUGCAGGACAGCGAACGUUUUGCUGCAGCGAUACCACAUACAAGUCGUCCAAAGAAAGAUUCCGAAGUCGAUGGGCAGGAUUACCAUUUUAUUUCUCGUGCUCAGUUCGAGUCCGAUAUUCUUUGUCGGAAGUUCGUCGAGCACGGCGAAUACGAGAAAGCAUAUUACGGCACGUCCGUGGAGGCCAUCAGGACAGUGGUUAAUUCCGGGAAAAUCUGUGUCUUAAACCUGCAUCCCCAGAGUCUCAAGAUCCUGCGAAAUUCGGAUCUAAAGCCGUAUGUUGUGUUUAUCGCGCCUCCGAGCCUCGAGAAGCUUAGGCAGAAGAGGAUCAAGAACAACGAAAGCUUCAAAGAGGAAGAAUUAAAAGACAUAAUCGAGAAGGCCCGUGAGAUGGAGGAUAAGUAUGGCCAUCUAUUUGAUAUGCUUAUCCUCAACAACGAUACGGAUCGGGCGUAUAACCAGCUCCUCACGGAGAUUAAUUCGCUCGAGAGAGAACCUCAGUGGGUGCCUGCGUCUUGGGUUCAGUAACUUAAGCAGUCUUAAUCGCCGCGCUUAAGACGAGCGUUUCUAUACAUGUCUCAACGGUGAGGACGGCGAUCGGAGGCCAGUAUUGCGGUAUCUGUUUGCAAGACAAGUGCUUUCACGCAAUUUUCCAAGUAAGACUUCAAGCAAGUCUGACAAAAAUUCGGAGAACUGGUUCUUCUACAGGUGCCUGUUACAUAGUUUUAUGUUUCUUACGCAAAUCUUAAAUCUUCCCCGGUUAUUAUAUUGCAAGUACUACUCGCCUGACAGAGUCUUCCGCGCGUGUUGUCGUACUUUGGUGCCAUGAAAAUGACGGAGCAAUCUUCAAAGGGAGAAAGGGAAGAAAAGAAAUAGAAAAGAGAAUGAAUGUUCUGCAAAAAAUUUUCACAACCUUUGUGACGAACUACUCCUCGACGUAGAUUCUUGCAUUUGUUAUAGAAGAAAAAAAGAAUAUGGUAUUUAUAUACCAUAUUGAAAUCACAGUGAAAGAGAUAGUUUUCGAGACUCGGUUGCAUGUCAAUGAUGUUUCGAAUUUAAGCGAAUAUGUAAUCAAAUCGCGGACGAUAAUCUGACGAAAAAUUUAAAUUUAAGUUCCGCUUAAAUUUCAAACAGAAUUGCUGCGAUUUAGUCUACUUUUGGUAUCCCGAGAUAAUUCCGAUUGAAAUACGUUCGUACGUCGAAGAGGUAUUUACGGUUAAAUUCUCAUGACUGACCCAUUCCCUAAGCGGUUAAUAUUAUUAUAUUAGAUGCGCGAGUAUACAAAAAGUAUCAUCUUUUCGGUGCGCCAAAGCACAUCUGCCGAGCAUUUUGCUCUUUCUACAUAUUAGCCCGUUCUACAUGAGGAAGUGUACCUGACCUGAUGUCUCCUAACAGUGAAAAAUUUCUAACUUAGGGAACUCGUGAAAAUAUCGUGUAAUUUUCUAUGAUCUACGCACAUACAUUUUGAUAAAUUUUAAUAAGUGGAAUCGAAGCUUCGAUCCAGAUUUUUUAAAAGAUUCUUGUUCAGCGUAGCACGUGCGAAUAUAUUAACAUUACAUUAUUAAUUCUGCGUAAUGUAAUUAAUUCUUUUUAUGUUUAUCGC